AUGAGUGCAAGCGAGGGCAACUCAUCGGGUUCAAGACCAAAAAGUGAAGAGGAAUCCGGGCAGUCUCAAUCGCCACAGUUUCCAGACCCGUCCUCCGGGGUGAAGCGCGAAUCUGACCAUACGUUGUCGCAGUCCCCGGUCAAUGGAUCCAAUGGAUCCAACAGCGCCAAUGGAUCUAACGGAGAGAACGGGGCCUCCAAACCGCAAAGGAAACGCAAAAAGGUCGGAAUGGCGUGUGUUUACUGUAGAAGAUCCCACAUGAUCUGCGACGAAGGACGACCUUGCCAACGAUGCCUCAAACGCAACAUCGGGCAUCUUUGCCACGACGAGCCAGCAAACGCAGGGCGCAAAAACAAGAAGAACCCAGACAAGUCGGCCUCUGUGUCCGUGGGACCUUCCCCGUCUCCAGGAGUCCAAAAUAUCGAAGAUACAAAGGUGGACAAUUCGAGUGCGGAGAAAUUGAGACCUCUGGGGAUUUACCGUCACCAGCCAAUCUCCAACGAUAUGAUGACUUAUAGCGUCAAUCAGCCGCCAGCUCCAAAUCCGCAUGGCUAUUUGUCGUCCAAACCAUCAUCAACAGCGAUCAACCAACAACCUUUUUUCUAUUCAGAGCACGCUGGCUCCGAGUUCAACUCGUUGACGGAAUUCCUUUCCAUGAUCGACGAUUCGGAUAUGAUCAACUCCAUCAACCUGGACAACGAUCCACUGUUAAACAAGCUCGAUGGCCUGACCGGGAACAAAGAAAUGCCACUGAACCUGAACCAGGUGCCGCAUUUUGAGCCUGCUUUCGAAAACAGUCUGUUCAUCAAAACACCAACAGGCACCGUUCCGCCAAACAAACCAGUGUCGUCGAUCGGGUCGGCCUUGCAGAUGGCUCCUUCAGCUGGCAUGACAAGAACGUCGCAAACAUCUUUGGACGGGUAUUUCCAACAACCAUCGCCUGUUGCUCAGCAAACCACCCAGAACGCGGUCACAGCCAAUGGUCAACCAUACGUGUCGGACUCUGCAAGAGACAAGUUUUUCCUUACGGCUGCUGACCCAACUACCGAGAUUUCUCCCGAGGAGAGAUUAAAACAGGUCAUCAACGCAAAAUUAGAGGCAGGACUUCUUAAGCCAUAUAACUACGCCAAAGGCUACCAGCGUUUGCAGACAUACAUGGAUAACCACAUGGCUGCAUCCUCGAGACAACGGAUCUUGAAACCUUUGUCUACCUUUAGACCAGGAUUCCGAGCAAUCGCUAAAACGCUCAAGGAUAUCGACCUGAUUCUCGUGGAGGAGAACUUUGAGAGAAUGCUUCUUGACUACGAUCGUGUUUUCACAUCUAUGGCCAUCCCCGCUUGUCUGUGGAGAAGAACGGGAGAGAUAUAUCGUGGAAACAAAGAGUUUGCGUCGCUUGUGGAGGUUUCGAUCGACGAUCUGAAAAACGGAAAAUUGACCAUCUAUGAAUUGAUGACCGAAGAGAGCAGUGUGAAUUUCUGGGAAAAAUACGGUGCGAUCGCGUUUGAUAACACCCAGAAGGCCGUUUUGACAAGUUGCAACCUUCGAAGCAAAGACGGAAGAAAAAAGAGAAACUGUUGUUUCAGUUUUACCAUUAGAAGAGACAGGUACAGCAUCCCCAGCUGUAUUGUUGGAAACUUUAUUCCUAUUCAAUGA